ACGAUCAGUCGAUUGGCGCGGCGGCAGUUCAGUCUGUGUUGAUCGCUCGCACGGUCUACGUUAUAUGGUAUAUUGAUGUGAUAUGUGUAACGCCGGUUUUUCAAAGCAAUUGAUGAUCUCGAGAAAAACACGACAAUCGUCGGAUUGACGUUUCUUGUGGUGUGAGAAACUUCGUCGGAGUCUGCGCGCAGGCAGCGCGGACGAAUCGCAUCGCGAGCAUGCGAGCCCGCUGAAGCCUCACGUGUGCAUUUGAAUUUUCAAUAAGAUCAUCUGCCGGAUAGUGUAGGUGUAGUUUAUUUGGUGCAAAAGGUGAUACUCAGGUCCAACUCGGUGCAUUCUCGUCUUCGAAAACGUUGGCAGAGUUAGCGGAAUGUGGCACGAGGAGGAGCAUCUCGGAAGCCAUGCCGGCUAACGAGUUCUCUGGACAUAGAAGCAGACCAAGGCUGCAACCACCUUAACGAACCGCUAUUCUCACUAGCAAGGUCAUCGGGCGGACCGGAUCUAAUCAUGCUCACGCCGACUAUGUUUCCUGUGCUCUCGUUCCUUCUCCUUCUUAACGACGUGAGCCAGAAGAUCGAACGUUAAAAAUUUGAAAAACCGUUUAAAAAAUUGAAAAUUAAAAUUCAAGAUCGUUUAAAGGGAAACAAAACAAGAGGAAACGAAUCGGCCAGGAAAAGAAAUAUUAAUCGAUGAUACUGCUCUCAUUGUGCUCUUUGAGAAUAAAUUCUUGGAUUUCAUAAAAACGAAUCGUAUGGAAUAAUCGAGAAAAAUAUUUGCAUAAUGAUUUUAUUAACAUCUCCUUUGCGGAGAAGCGUUUAAUUUCCAUUUUUUCAUAUAGAUAGGAAGCUGAAAUGAUAAAUUAAGAAGAUAGUUAGAAAUGGAUGGAAAAAGUAUUUAUGAUUCAAUGGUUAAUUAAUGAAACGUGAUCAAGAAAGAAAGUGGGGCCAAGUAUUUAUCCGAGUACAAUAAUUCUUUUUAUUUAUUAAGAGAACUCGAGUAAAAUAUUCUUUAAAUAAAAAAGAUAUUAGGAUAUUAAUCAUGCCUUUAAAGAGGAUAGUCCCUGCUUCCUAUGUUUCAUCGCAAAAUAAUUCACCUAAACUAUUCUGAAGCAUGAGCUGAAAGUAUAGCUAGAAAUGUAGACUGGUUAUUGAAUGCCGUCGCCAUGGUGGAGCUGUUGUGUAGCAACUCCCUAAGUCCAGGAACCUAUUCAUGUGUUGAAAAAUUCGCAAAAGGAAUCGAGGAAGCAAGAAAAGAAAUCGCACAGAAAUUCAACAUCUGACUAUAUAACUAAUUAGAAGAAAAAAGGAAAGGAAAAGAAUUUUUUAAAAAAAUUUUAUAUAUAUAUACAUAUAUAUAAAGAUAUCAUAAAAAUACGCCACAUGAAAACGAGUCCCGCGUGGUGCCAUGUAGAGGAGAAAUCUCCCUUCUGACAAUCCAGCAUCGAGUAAUGCUGAAACACAUCCUGACGGGGCAACCGUCGUCAGCGGGCUCCAGGCACCAGCACAAUGAUUAUCAAGCGAGCUCGGGCUCGUUGCACGGCGGCCACCAUCAUCACCAUCAUUCCACCAGUCACCAACAGGAUCAGCAGCAACACCUUCAUUACAACCAAAGCAGCAACGUUCGUGGAACAGGGAGCCAAGGACGGGGAGUGGACGUUUACGACUCUGUAGUCCAUCAGAGAGGAGGCAAUGCGCAUCAAGCUGCCACGACGCCAUCGUCCACUCACAGACAUCCUCUGAAUCAUUCCCAAUUGAGCGUGAACAAUCUGUCCCAACGAUUAAAUCAUUCCCAUGCCCUUAACUUGUCCACGUUGUCCACGUCGAAGCAUUCUGUGAACAGUGUUAGUCCUGUCGGUGGUGGAAACAACAAUAACAACAAUAAUAACAACAACAACAAUAAUAACAACAAUAAUAACAACGUGUCGACUUUGGGGCAUACAAUAGUAUCCCAGGUGCCGUUGCAUCAAGAUAGCAGACCCAAAGCGAAUGGAGGCUUCGAUAUUUCAAGACUGUCCAGGUUACCCAGUCAGACGACACCUUCACCCGCACCUGUUCUCCAAGGUACGACAGUCGGCGGCCAGUUGACCGGUGCUGGUUCUACGGCGUUCCCGUUGAACGCUUCCUGGUCCUCGUCCCUAUCGAGGAAUCACAAAGACCACGAGACCGGAGCGAAAGAGACGUUGACCAGUUUAGGCUUGUUGUGUCUGGUGUCGUUAUUAUUGGCACUACUCUCGUUAAUCUUCUUGCUGAAGAUUUCACCGUUAACGGUGACCCCGAGUAGCCUGAUCAGCCCGGAGGAGUAUACGAUUGUGUACGAGGUGACAUUGGCGCUGUGCGCCCUCGCCCUCUCCUUGAAUCUUUGUUGUCUCCUCGUUUGCGCUAUACAGUUCCUCUUCACAGUGAAGCUUGUCAAGACUUCGUAUCAAGGACACUGGAGUAACAAGUACCUGCAAAAAUCAUCCAUCAGCCGGAUAUGUGCUGUCGGAGGAUUUUUCAUUAGCAUUCCUGUAUUUCUAACUGGUAUGAUAUUGUAUACAUUCAUCCAGUUUCAUUCAACACCGGCAAUCGUCACGUCCGUUUUUAUAGGUCUUGGCAUUGUGUUUUGUGGAUGUGCAAUGGUUCAUAACGUCUUCGUGUGGCAGAGGGAGAAGACGAACGCCGUGAAGGCGUUAGCGCGCGAACAAUGUGAAGCAGCGGUACAAUUGCAGCGUCAACAGCAAUUACAACAGCACCAAAAUCAACCUCAAUUACAACAGCAACAACAACUACGUGGUCCAUUGACUAUCCACUAUCCUGGCUGUCCUACGAAAGUUGGCUCUGUGACAAAUCAACUAAACGCCAGUCAUACAAUACACAGCCGUGCGACACAAUACCAACAUUAUCAUCAUCAUCAUCAUCAUCGACACGUGUCAAUGUCCCCACCGCCCUUGUUGCUUUCAUCGCCAGCUUCGAUCGCAGCGACGCACAAUCAUUUAAAUGUGAGCGGACAUAGAAACAUAGUUACACCACCAGAUACACCGGCAGAUAGAUCGCCACCAAGUCCUGGAAAUAAAUUGAAUAAAUCGCAACAUUUGCCGCGGGAAGCGACCGGCAGUGUUAGUCCUGGACUUCCAGCUGCCACAUUGGAUUUAAGUAGUGCAGCAACUACUAAUAGUCCUCAUGAAUUGUCUACAUUGGUUUAGAAUCUUGAUUCAAAGAUUGUUUUUAACGUAGAAUUAAAGAUUAAUGAUUGAUUACUGGUUUUCUAAUUAAGUUUUGAUUAAAAAGAAAAGCAUUUCAUUAUUUUUAAAAUUAUAAACUCAUUUCAAAAUUUGGAUGAUUUAAUUGGUAGAAAAAUCAUUUUUCAAGUGAACGGUUUGGUUAAGCGAUUAGUUCGUUUCUUUUCCUACAGUGGGCACUAGUAUACAAUGUCAUUUCUGUGGUUUCCCGGUUAACCUGUUGCUUGUAGGAUUAUGUAAUCUUGUUGUUUAAUACUUAUAUUUUGUAAACUUUUUAAUUUUUUUUGGAUUUUUAUUCAAUUUUUCUAAAAAAUUUUUCUUAAAAAAAAAAUAGUUGAAUAAGCAUAAGUUCCAAGCAUCGGAAAUGCAAUAAUUGUUUCAAUAGACAAAUUUCGUCAAUUAGAUUUUUUAUAAUGAAGUUUGUUAUAGAAAGAAAAGCAAUGUUAUUUCGAAAACGAAGAAAAAAACAUGGAUUAUUAUGAGAAAUAGGAAAACAAAAAAAAAAAAAGUAAAAUUGUUCGUUAAUAUUAAUUACAAAUAAAAUAAUUUUUAAGGAAACGUCCAAAAGACGUAGCGAAAGGAAUAAAUAAUUUAUAUUCGCGUGUAUCUUGCCAUUACCAUUUUAUUACUAUUAUUAAUAUUGUUAAUAUUACUUAAUUAUUAUUAUUAUUAAUAUUAAUAUUGUUACUAUUAUUAUCAUUAAUGUUAUGAAAUUUCUAGUCCUAGGUUACUUUCGCCUUCACGAAAGAAUAAUUUUUUACUGUUGCGCGUAAUUCAGCGAUUAUAGAAUUUUCGUUGUGCAUGCACAGUAGAAAGAAAAUUGGCGAAGUGCAAAUCUUGAACUAUAAAGAGUAAAAAAUAUAUGUAAAUAUACAAGAAGAAUUUUGUAUUCGUAUUAUAUAAAAUUUAAAUUUUAUAAC